AUGCGGAAUCUUGUCUUCAUCCUUGCGCUCGCCCUGCUUGGCUGUGCGAUCGGGAAGCUGCCAUUGGGCUGCCCAAAGCACUCGUCGUGGGAGUUUGAGGUCGGCUGUGAUACCUGUGCGGUCAGGGGACCCGGAGCCGCCAAACCAGUUGGGUGCGCGAUGAAACCACGUUGGCGGUGCCAAUGUGACGAUGGAUUUGCGCGGCUUUCUCAUGAGGAUGAAGGGGAUUGUAUGCGGGCAGAUACCUGCCCACCCAACGAUUCCCUACCCGACGGGUCACAUGAGGAC